UUGAAUAAGCGCCAGUUCGGUUGUCAGUGUUUGCCAAGAAUUAGAAUUGUUUGUUGUUUGUGAUCAAUUAGAAGAAAAAAGAUCGUGGAAAAAUGGUGUCCCGAGUUGCUGCUACUCUGCUGCUUGUCCUGGCCGUGUUUGGAUCCAGCGCACUUGCCCGACCCGGAUAUGCCGUUGAUUAUUAUGAUUACCCCAAGUAUUCCUUUAACUACGGAGUGGCAGAUCACAGCACCGGCGAUGUCAAAUCCCAGCACGAAACCCGAGACGGCGAUGUUGUGAAAGGUCAAUACUCACUGGUUGAACCAGACGGUUCCGUCCGUACCGUGGACUACACAGCUGAUCCAAUCAAUGGAUUCAAUGCUGUCGUGUCGAAGACCGCUCCGCUGAUCCACCACCACGCCCCGGUGGUGAAGCACGUUGCUCCAGUGGUGAAACAUGUCGUCCCAGCGCCACAUCCGGCCCACAAGGUGGUCUACGCUCAUGAGCCAGUGGUGCAUGUAUCCAAGACUUCCCACUACGCUGAGCACGAGCCCACUUAUGCGCACUACGGUGACUACCAUGAUGGAUACUACGGCCACUAUGACGAUAGCCAUUACUACUAAGCUCCAACCACAAACACCAAAUGGAAGAGGCCAUCGUCAUCCCACCUUCCCUCCAUUGACAGCAACAACAUGCCAGUAGCUCGAAGAACAACAACUUCGAAUCGUUCGUCCAUCGCAUCGCGGUAGUAUUAGGAAUCACUCUCCCACUCUCCUCCCAUGGAAAUCGUUCUCCAUUUAAGGCCAAGGUCAUCGCCAGACCUUGCCCGGCUCGAAUUUGAACCGCAAAGUGCAACCCAAGUAUAGUUUUAAGCAUGCAGUUUAAUGUUUACUCAUACGAAUAGGUUAAGCUUCGCUCUUUCAGCUCUCUACUUGUAUGUAAAUAUGUGAACUCUCUUCUUCCGGCACGAUUGUUGCGUUGUAAUUGUUGCAACCAAAUUACCCUAAAUUGUGCACUUUGAACACAUGUAUAUCUCGAUCUUUCCAUCUAAAUUUGUGUAAAUCACCACCUAUUAUCGGCACUUUCUCACUCAACAAUGACCUUUUCUAUCUUCCAUACCAUUUCCUUGAGACUGUACUUUAAUUCUACUCUAAUUACUUGUUUGUUACAGUGUUCUACUUUGAACUUGUUGAAAUUGCUGAAUCAUUGCCGUAGUUUAAUCCAAGUGUUUUACAUGUCUAGUUAAGUCCGAGAAAUGUUAUAUUGCAA